AGCAUACUUCUCUUUGCCCCAUACUAGUAACUACGACAACCCAAUAAAUAAUUUUGUUUUUUUCGGAAAAUAUCUCAAGAAAUUACUUUUUAAAAUUUACAAGUCUUCGACAGUCUAACGUAAAUUAGUGGCGCGUGGACAGCAAGCAGAGUGGCGCGCGGACAGCAGAGUGGCGCGCGGACAGCAGAGUGGCGCGUGGACAGCAAGCAGGGUGGCGCGCGGACAGCAGAGUGACGCGGGGACAGCAGAGUGGCGCGACUCGCCGAGCCAGAGGACACAGCGCCAUGAGGGGAAAGCUGCCUCGUAGCCGUGUGUCUGGCGCCGCCAGUGCCGACCAGGCAGCCCCCGCCGUGCACGUGCUGCCCAGCGAGACGGACCUGAGGAUCAUGGAGGCCAUCUCGAGCCUCAGCCGCCUGGGCGCCCUGCGGGGGGGCAAGGCGCAGCGCCUGCUCCGGCUCAGGAGCCGGCGGCUCUGCGCCGCUCAGGCUCAGCCGCCCGACCAGGAGACGCUGCUGCAGCCCUGCGUGUGUCCUCGGAAGAAGAGGAAGAGAAGAAGCGCGUGCAAGAAGCGCAAGUCUUCCAGGAGGAGGUCGCUCUCCCGAAGACGAGGAUUGUCCAGGCGGAGGAGUUCCAGGAGGAGAUCGCUGAGAAGGAGGUCCAAGUCCAGGAGGAGGAGGCAGUCGAGGGCCAGGUCAGUGUCGAGAAGAAGGAAGACGUCCAGGAAGAAGUCUUCGUUCAGGCGAAGAGCAGCUUCCAGGAGGAGGUCGGCUUCCAGGAGGAGGUCAGCUUCCAGGAGGAGGUCGGCUUCCAGGAGGAGGUCGGCUUCCAGGAGGAGGUCGGCGUCUAGGAGGAUGCACAGGGGGGCGCGGAGGGGCAGGGCAGCCAGGUCGGUCAGGCGAAGAAGGAAAGACCCGAAGAAACGCAGGUGCAGGAAACGAACAUUCGCGAAGAGCAGAUCCAAGACGAGAAUAGCUUUGAUAUGCCCGCGGUGCAAGUGCAAGGUAGUGAUCAAAAUAAGGCAUAGUCGACCGAAAUGCUAGACGCCGAACUAUCAGACAAUUGAUACAUGCCGUGAAAUUAGUUCAUCAAUCAAGAAUUUUAAAAAAUGUGAUUUUUUUUACCUUUUUAUGUCACAAAAAAAGUUUACUAUUUUAUUAGUUUUUGUAUCGUCAAUGAUAUCUUAACUUAUGCAGUCACAUUAAAUUAUUUCAACAAA